UUUAUCCAAUCAGAAUGCACGUUCAUUUUCUCUGCGUAUCACUCAUGACGUAUGUAUGUGCCCAGUUGUGUUGGCUCAUUGAGGUUGGGACUAGCACGUGUGAAUCGGAAAGUAGGAUGAAUUGUAAGUGAUCGGCUACACAAUGCCACAGUGUGUUGCUUUCGGGUGUAAUAACAGGACAGAUGGAAAGCAUAACGAUCCUCCAGGCGUGUCUUUUCACUCGUUUCCGCUGAAAAACACCAAGCGAGUUCGAGCAUGGCUACGUAUGAUCGGCAGAAGCGAUUUCAAGCCAUCACGCGCUUCAAGGCUGUGUUCAAAACAUUUCCUGCCCUCGGCAUAUGAGGAGGACUUAUUUACCAAAUACGUUGGACUACAACCAGGGAAGAAGCCCAGGCGAAUUCUGAAGGCUGAUGCCGUACCGACGGAAUUUUGUCAUAGGCCAAGUGCAAGUGAGACGGCGGCGAGCGAGUUCUCUGCACGUUCUGUGAGGUUGAAAAAGCGUCCAAAGGAAGCGAAAAUGAAAGAGAUGAAAGAGAUGCUUGUAUCUUCUACUUCGCCUGGCUGUGCUCUGAAGAAGCAGCAGCAUGAAGAUGUGGUGUCAAUACACACUGACAAGCCUCCACUGCAUUCAUCUUCACAACAGUUUCAUAUGUAUAUUUAUGUUCUUUUUAAAAAGGCUGUACAAAGAAAUAGAUAUUGUCUUCAUAUUUCAAUGGCUUUUUCCCUUUAUGCCCCCAUUAUCGCCUAG